AUGAAUUGUGCGGAAGAUGUUGUUAUUUUGGAGUACUUCAGAGUUCAGCACAGGUGUAUGAAGUUUCAACAUCCGAUUAAAUGUUUUUGGCAGCCACCUGAAAGCAAUGAGAUCCAGUUAUGCUGUGAUGGUGCAGCGAGAGGGAAUCCGGGUACAUCUGGUGCUGGUGCUGGUGUAGUAGCUAGGGAUUAUUCUUGUAAUGUUAUUGGUGCUUUGGAUAUUGGCUUGGGGGUUACUACUAAUUAUCUGGCAGAGUUAUAUGGAAUUAUUAUUGGGAUGGAAUGGGCUACAAGAUGGGGAGUCAGGCGUAUAUGCAUUCAUUCAUACUCUUAUAGUGUGGUGGAGGCUUUUUCUAGUUCUAAUUUACCUUGGUUUUCAAGACGAAUGUGGGUAUAA